AUGAGGCUCCUUGAAACCCAGGCUCGAGCCCUCACGGACAGGGCAGCUUCCAGACCAGAGCCCCUGCUCUCCUCACCCCAGUCCCGCUCGCCUCUCCAGCGCCUAACUUGGGGCGCCAGCGAACACAAGCAACGUCCCCGCCACCAGCUGGGCGCUGAGGGGACGCCGCGGCCGGAGCGUCCACCAGCCCAGCCCAGCCCAGGCCCCGUCCUGCAGCAAGGCAGCCUCGGACCAGAUCAGACCCCGUCGGGCUCCGCUGCAGACGGGGCCCUGACCGGACCCGCUCCCGCCCCGUUCACGCCGCCGGAGGGACUUGAACCUGACAGGCCGCUGCCCAGGCCCACUCCAUCCCAGGGCGCGGCCCAGGUCCCUUCAGCCCGCCCUGGCCCAGUCCUCCAUCCCGGGCCCCGAACGCAAGGCUCACCUACUAGCGCGGGGCAAUGGCGGCGCUUCCGGUGGGCGGCGGAAGUGCGCGCGUUCGGCACAACGAACUACAAGUCCCAGAAGACCGCGGGCCGGCGGCGGUUUCUCCCGCCAGCGGCGUCGAGGGUCGAGUGUCUUGCUGCCGCCGCCAGCCCGAGGCCGGGUGUCACGGGACGGUGGCUCGCGUGCUGGUCUCGAGCGUGGUUCCUUCGGCUCUUCUCCUGGGUGCGCCUCUCCCCGUGGCCCCAGGUCUCCUCGUUUGGGGCUGAGGCCGCGACGCCAGAGCGGACGCCUGCGGCCGACGUCGAGCGCGGGGUUCGCGUCCGGGCGGCGCUGCGCCUCCGGCGUCUCCGCCUCGUGGUCCUCCGACGCCUGCCCGCGGAGGAGGGUGCGGCGCGCGGCGGGGCGGCGGGAGUGAGCGCUCCGAGCCCGGCGUCAUCCUGGGUCUCGGCCGCCGCGGAGAGGGAGGUCUGGUGGCGCCCGAGCGAGCGUGAGAGCCGGAGGCCGGGCGGCUGGAAGCAAGGCUCCCGGUGGCGGCCGAGGGUGCGCCGUUGGCUCUCUCCGGCCUGCCCUCCGUGCGACAGCGGCAGGCACAGGGCAGCCGGCGGCCCGGGCGGGGCCGCAGGGUGUGGGCCGCAGAGUCGCCUUGCGUCUGCUCGGCCGUCGCUUGGGGGCUCGGUGUCGCCCCCUGGGCUCGGGGGCGGAGACCCGCCGCCGCUGCCCGCCCGGCUGUUCGCGGAGGGCUCCCGCGGAGCCGCCCUGGCCGCGCUCGCACCUCGGGCCCCAGCGUCGCCUUCCGUGCCUGUGGCCGGCCUGCCUGGCGCGGACGCCCCCGGGGCGGGCGCUCCGCACCUGCUGACGCGGUUUUAGUCCUCCCGGAGUCUGCAGUCCGCUUCGAAAGGGAGAGGCUCAGGGAGCGGCGUUGACUCAGGCGAGGGCAUUGUGGCCAAGGAGGGAUGGCGCGUCUGCGGUUUUCCUCUCUCCAAAGUGGACGCGGGACGCUAGUGUGCCGUUUUGUUGGCUCUGGACGGCGUCGUCUGCGUGGGGUGUCGAACAGUACGCGGUGCCGGCACCGCGGGGCGAAGUCGGCGCUGAGAACGGCAGAGCUGAAAGGUGGAAAGGACCAGGGUCAGUGUUGGGAUCCUCCUUGAGUCGCUGAAUCCGCUCUGGAACUUUUCCUUCGGAGAGAACUUGGAGUCAUCCAGCAUUACCAAGGAUUGUCUCUCUGUUAUAGCUGCCACCCACAGUCCUAAAGUCAUCUCACAGUUUGUGAUCAGUAAUGAUUGGUGCAGAGUGCAUAUGUCAACAUGGAGGUACCAAUGUCUGGCGACAGCCA